CGCCCGGUGCAUUUCUAUAAUCAUCGAAGUCUGCCAUGAACAGUUGAGGUUUAUUCUUAGGAAAUGCUGCGGUUUUUCCCUUAUCAAAAAACGUCGUCUUUGUAUCUCUGUCGUGACGUAUAUUUUAAAAUAUUACUUAGAGAAUUUGCAUUUAAUUCUUAGUUAGUUUUAUACAAGGACUAAACAAUGAAGGUUUGUGUAUCAGUUAUCUAUUUUUAUGUGAUUCUAGGAUUAAUCCUAGCCGACGAGGGAUGUGAAAAAAGAAUAGGUACAAUUUGUUAUGAAGAUAGUACCUAUCCAACGGACGAAAUUCCCAUAGCUUAUAAGAAGCUGGGUACAAAGUUAAUUUCGGCGUUCGGUCGUCAUAUACCACAAACUCGAGUAGUUGAAAAAGAAGUUUAUCAAUCUUGCCAACUAUGUCAAACGGACAAAAAUUUUAAGAUCGUACCUCUCAGUAUAAUAUCUAACAAUAACGAAAGAUUGUAUGUUUGGUCUGCAUCCAAUUAUCCAAAGCCAAUAAUCGAAAUAAGCACUUGCAGUCCGGAAGCCAAAUGUCACAUCGAGGAUCUUCAGGAUGAUUUUGGAACAAUUUGCUCACAGAAAACUACGAAAAUAAACUUGCUGGUAUAUAAUUCAACAUCAAAAGAAUUUCAAGGACAAAUUGUACCUUAUCCUAGCUCCUGCGAGUGUGAAGUUGUAAAUACGAGCAGAGACUUUGAAGAUUCACCAUAGAUAAACCAGUAAUUUUCGAAAUAUUUGUAAAUGCUUAAUACAUGUAUAUCUUUUGUUAAUUUAUUUUUAUUUUCAAUAAAAACUUUACUUUUUAAUAA